AUUUACAAACCCCUUUUGGAUCAGAAAUAAAUACUGAUAACGGCUCCGUUAGAGCCCGAUAAAAUGCGAUAAUGUUUCACAACAUGUGAUAGUUCAUGUGACAUUCACCUUGUGACAAGACAUAGUUUUAAUUGACUUGCAUUUACUUGCAUUCUUAGUCGCAAAAUAGAGACAUAAUGAUCUCACCGAGUUUCAUAAAAACCGAGCCACAGGAUUAUGCGGAGUAUGGUCAGGUACCCGUCGGGGGUGCGAGCGAUAGUUUCGAGGGAUUAAUUCAGCAAGCUAUGAAGAUCGAGCACGGACUGGACUACGAAGACUUCAAUUCGGACUACUCGUUUACUCACUAUGUUAGUAGUCCGUAUUAUGAACAUACCAUUAGCAAUACAUAUAAUUUCAGUGGCUACGCAGUCGAGAAACAAGAGGCAAGCUUCACUUGGGAUAGUACGGCAUCUCCUUAUCGGAAGAGCUCAUUCACCGACGAUCAUUACCGAGCUGAUAAACAACGCCUGAUGGAUCUGAUGGACCAAUCGAUGGACGAUCUUGUGGUGCCGGAUAUCGGCGAAUCCUUAGAAAUGACGUCGAGUCGCAAACGGAAGACGGGUGGCUCAAAGAGAGCGCAUCGGGGUUCUUCCGGUGCCUCGUCAUACACUUCAAUACCACUUCCGCCGUGCAAAGUCUGCAACGGCGUGGCCACCGGUUAUCACUUUGGUGUCAUUACAUGCGAAGCGUGCAAAGCUUUUUUUCGACGCGCAUUGAUUCACCAGCACAACUACAAGUGUAUCAAGGACGACAACUGUGUCAUAACGGACAAGAAACUGGGAAACUGCUCGGCCUGUCGGCUGAAGAAAUGUAUCGAACUAGGAAUGUCCAAAGGGGGUGUCAGACGCGGUCGCUAUUCCAUUGCCAUACGUACCCAGGCAAUCCUGGAGGCAAAGGCGCGCGAGGCGUCAGACGUCGUCUCAACAGCCGUUAAACGUCAACGCUUAGACGACACCGUCAUUGAGGAAAUUACGUCAAUGGAUGAUGACGGAUUCAGCUUUGACGUGUUCGAUGGAUUGCUUAGCGUAUCCCAGCUGGGCCGUAAUCACUUAUCGGAUAGUUCGGACGGCAAUUCACGCAGUGUCAAUCUAGAUGACGUUACAGCGAUGGCGUCAGACGAUGGACAGAACACUUCUAUUGAUGACGGCGUGAGCGCCACAAGCUAUUCCCCGCAAAUGUCGCCCACGAUCUACGUAGAAAUGGAAGAGGUCCCGGUUUACCAACAGAACCCAGAGCUCGAGCUUCUGAUUGACGCCAUCAUGUCCUGCCAAGAAGCCGUAUACCCCAAUCUGAAGAAGCAGUACACAAACGCCCUGCAGGAGGUCCAGUACAAGAUCUUUGCUGAAUACACACAGAAGGAGGCGGUGUUCGGGGAGCUGAUAAGCGGUCGUGUGAGCACGGAGGAGUUCCAACAGAUCUUCGCCGAGACCGGCCUUGACCUCGACGACCGCCUGAGCCUCUUUAACAAGAAGGGCCGCUCUAUGGAGGAAACCAUCGCACAGUACGUCAACUUCGCCAAGCUCGUCCCCGGCUUCAAAACGCUGAACCCCAAGGAUGUCGCAAAAUUGUUGAAAGCGUCCCACUUCGAGUUCUGGAUGAUGGGCAACUUCAUGUUGUACAACAAUCAGCUUGGCGUCACGAGUAGCUGGGACGGCUCGCUUAAGUCCACUAAGGCCGAGUGCUGCAAAUUCUUUGAUGCCGAUCUCAUGGACAACAUGUUCAACAUGGCGGAGAAAAUGCAAGCCAUGCGCUAUACUCUGGAAGAAAUAGCACUUAUCCGCCUUAUUGUUCUCACAUACACAGAUCGAUGUCCGCUCAUAGAAUCACACAAAAUCGCGACACUUCAAGAAAAAUUCCUUGAGUGCCUGCAGUACUAUAUUAGCAAGACUUACAAGAACCCUACGCGUCGCCUCUGUCAGAUCUGUGACCAGUUGUUGUCGAUGAGGAACGUAUCACAUCAAAACGUACUCGCCAAUAAAAAAUUCCUCACGGAAUGGGACUUCAUUAUGCAUGAUUAUCCACUUUGGCGGGAAAUGCUGUCUUACGACGGAGAAUCCUAAAGCAGGGAAACAGAUUAGGUACAUUAUGCGCAUGUCUCAACUGUAUAGGUACUCCCGUGCGCAUGCGUAAUAUUCACGAUUUGUAGUGGCCGGACAUCUUUGGGGGAAAAUAUUUCGUUUUUGGACUGGGCUUUCUGUUGUUCAGUUAACAGAUUAACCUCUGUAAAAACCAAAAACGCACAAUAACAGUGUUUUGUACAACAGAACUCGAAGUCUGUGGUUGAGUUAACUUUGACUGAGUGCAUUACACAUGAAUAUUGUACUCCCCCUAAGUCCAUGUUCCUUUUAAGAUAUCACUUACAAACAUGUCUGCCAUCGUGGCAACACCGUAUGACUGACCAUUUUGUUGUUAACCAUGCAGAUUCGUAUGUAGAUUUGAUACAUUCAGUGUUCCUAUGAUAAUAAUAUUGGUAACCGAUAGUUAGAUGUAUAAUGAAACACUUAAAAAGUGCAAAACCAAAUGCUGUAUUGACAUUAAAAGGGCGUUUUUCGUUUGUGUAUAGUUUAUAUAUAAACAUAUUGCAAUGUUUUUGUAAAUGUAUUACCUAUAUUACGAGUAUAUGGACUGAAAAGAAUACAUCUUAGUUUAAUUUAGUUAGAAAGUUAUAUACGUGUUUGUACAAUAUGUGACUGUCAUGUUAAUUGACACUACAUUGUACUAACUUGGUUUCAGGAUGUUUUAACCCAUUUAUGUCUAUGUAAAAAGGCCUUGGCAAACAGCCUAGACCCAGAUUAGAAGCCGCAUGAUGCGGCGUCUCAUCAGGGUCUGCGCUGUUUGCUUAAAGGAAUUUCUGUAAGAAAUAUUCUAAAUAUAGAAAUAAAUAUAGUAGAAAUCCCUAAUUUUGGAAAUAAAUUGAUCCAAUUUAAAAGGAUGGGAGAGUCCACUAUUCAUAAAUGGGUUUAGUAGAUUUAUGGAAACACAGUUUGAUAAGUGUUUUCAAUGAUUUACAUGUAUUGCGGUAGUGUUUAUGAAAAUGUUGUGUCUCUUUUCGUGAAACGAAGAGAAGAGACUGUACUCAUUACUAGAUUCGACAGAGAUUUGCAUUGUAGUCUUAAAGUGUUUUAAAGGGGAAACGGUAUUAUAUAAUCGUAUUAUAUUACUUUUGUCUUGUUGAUAUUGUGUAAUUGAAUAUGAUAUACAAGUAUGUUAUUUUCUUUAUAAAUUAUUGUUGUUUGCAUGAAACACUGAUAACUUCAACUUUAUCAAGCAGCUUAGAAUAUCAUUUUAUUUAAGAGCGGACAAGUGUGCAUGUGAAUAGUUCUAUGGCAGCUUUCAUCUUGAAUAUAAUACGUUAAUUUGGCGAUCAAGAGCAUUAAAGUAUUAUUCAUGCACAUAACGGAAUGGUCUUUAUAGACUAAUGUUAUUUCAAGAUUACUUCGCAAAAUAGCGUUUGUAUUUGAAAAUCUGAUACUAUAAUUAUAUGCUUUGGAUGUGUAUCCAAUAAGUCUUAUCAGAAAUACACGAAGGAUACAUGGUUCAUUUAUGAAAAUGUGCAUCACAAAGCACUAACAGAGACGAUUCGAAGCUGUUAUUUCUAAUUAAGAAACUUGUAUUUCAUAUCUUGUUUGAAGCUUUAAAUGGUAUUUUAUACCAGUGAACCUUCUCUUAUGUUCAAGUUUUAUCUGACCUUUUAUAUAAAAAAGUAAGUCGUAUAAAGCAUGCAAUUCUUAUUUUAGUGCAAGUGUACUUUGAAAUAAAUAGCUGUUGCUUUUCAAGCAAAAUGCAGGAAGAUAUAUGACCGAGUAUUACAAUAUGAGUGUACAUGCGAUGCAAAGUCCGCGUAGUUGGAAGUUUAAGGGUAUUUUCGCAUUAAGCUUUAUUGGUUUAAGAAGUCUGGUACUAUCUAUUGUUUAUAUAAUUAUUAAAUUGAUUAAAAUUGAGCCGUGCUCUGUGAAAAGGGGGGAUAAUGCAUGUGCGAAGAGUGUCGUUCCAGAUUAUCCUUUAUACCGUAGUCUGCUUUAUGAUAUGUUCUCUAAAGAAAGUCUCGUCUUAACAAAAAUCCAGAUUAGGCGGAAAAUGUCGUCCCUGAUUAGCCUGUGCUGACUGCUCAGGCUAAUGUGGGCUGGCACUUAACGCACAUGCAUUAACUUUCACAGAACACGGCCCAUAUUCAUGUAAUUCAUGAUGAAUUAUCCGAGUGCUGAUCAUUUUGUUACUUAUUACGGUCAUAUAUUUGAACUUUGCCCCGUGAUUACACGCGGUAUUCUUCGUUUGAUGUAUAUGUACAUAGUUUACAUGCUCUACUUGUUACAAUAUUUCAGAUUGUGAUAAAAGAAUUUAAAUAAACGUAAUAUCGUCA